AUGGCAGAAAUUGACUUGAAUUAGCCAUUUUAUGGAUAUCCAGUUGAAAAAGUGGUUGCUGCAGUCCAGACAAACCUUUAGAAGGGUUUGACAAAAGUUGAAGCCAGUGCGAGAUUAACAAAAUAUGGCCCAAAUGAAUUGGAAAAGGAGGAAAAAGAGAGUAUUUGGGAGAAGAUCAAGGAGCAAUUCGAAGACAAUUUGGUUAGAAUAUUGCUAUUGGCUGCCGUGAUCUCAUUUGUGAUUUCAUAAUUUGAAGAUCAUGAAGAUUCACAUGCAGUGCCUCCAUGGGUUGAGCCAUGUGUUAUAUUUACAAUUUUGAUCUUAAAUGCCGCAGUAGGCAUUUGGUAGGACUUAGAUGCUGAAAGAGCAAUCGAAGCAUUGAAAGAUUUACAAUCUCCUCAUGCCAUGGUAUUGAGAGAUGGAGAGUGGACUUAAAUUGAAGCUAAAGAUUUAGUGAUUGGAGAUGUUGUUGAGAUUAAAUAAGGUGACAGAAUUCCAGCCGAUCUCAGAAUGGCUGAUUUAAAAACAAUCACUUUGAAAACAGAUUAGUCAAUUCUAACAGGAGAAGUCAACCCAGUAAACAAGAUUACUGAUUCAGUUUAAAAAGAUAAGGCUGCUGUUUAAGAUAAGAUCAAUUUCUUAUUCUCAGGAACAUUAGUGUCAAAUGGAACAGCCAUUGGUAUAGUCUGCAACACUGGAAUGAGAACAGAAAUCGGAAAGAUUUAGAAGGAAGUCUAAGAUGCUGCAAAGGAGAAAUAAGAAGAUGAUGAUCCCUUGUCUAAAAGAUUAGAUGAAUUCGGAGACAAACUAGCUAAAUAUGUCACAUACAUUUGUAUCAUCUGUUGGGUUAUGAACAUUGGUAACUUCUCUGAUCCUGCCUACGGUGGAACUAUAAUGGGAGCAUUGUAUUAUUUCAAGGUGGCUGUUGCAUUGGCAGUUGCUGCUAUCCCAGAAGGAUUACCAGCUGUCAUCACUACAUGUUUGGCUUUGGGAGCCAGAAGAAUGGCCAAAUAAAAAGCCAUCGUUCGUAAAUUACCAAAGGUCUAGACAUUGGGAUGCACAACCAUCAUUUGUUCAGAUAAAACUGGUACUUUAACAACCAAUGAAAUGUGUGUCAAAGAAUUAGUUCUCUUGACAGGCUAAGAGGCAUCUUCAUUAUAAGUAUUCCCAAUUGAAGGAACAUCUUAUCAUCCUGAAGGAAAGAUUGAUGGAUUGGAAUCUAAAUUAUUCAAAGGAAAUGAUUUAUCCGGAAAUUUAAAGAGAUUAUGCUAAUCUAUGGCAUUAUGCAAUGAAUCUCAAAUUAUACGUGGAUAAAGGUAGAGUCUAAAGAAGUGGAUUACCAACUGAAGCUGCAUUGAAAGUAUUAGUUGAAAAGAUUGGAAAAUAUGAUAA